AUGUCUGCCGAUGCGUUUGCAGCUCUCCGGAGAACCCAGGGAGAGGAACUGGGGAGACUCGCAGAGGAGCAUUUCAAGCACGAUCUACGAGAAGAAGACCGCGACCUCCUGCGUUCCGCGGCAUCCAAAGCUUCCACACACGCCCUCAUCGGCUCCCUCGCCGGGAUCGCACUGGGAAGCUUCCUUGCCUUCCGUCUCCGAGCAAACCGCAAUGCCAUGUACCAAGCCUUCCGUGCCGCCGAGAAGCCCACGCACGUCCGAUUCGCCAGUGGUCGCGAAGAGGCCAUUCCGGACAUCAGCCCUUUGCUCCAGCCCACACCGUUAGGAGACAUCGUGACAUACACUUUCUUCGGUAUUGCAGGUCUAUUCUUGGGGGGUGAGACUGGUAUGCUCACGGGGACGUGGUCGGCCAGAAGGACCAUCAUGCAAGAUCCGGAGCGCCGAGAAAGGAUCGAGAAGGCGUUUCGGUCGUUCAGAGCAGAUGUGCUGAGGAAACAACUUCAAGAGCUGGAGGCUGGGAAAGAGGAGAGCAUUUGGUCGUAA